AUGAAAAAGAAAUUAAGAUCAACCAAGAAAUCUGAAUUCACAAGUUUACCGUUAGACAAUGAACGGAGUCAAUAUUUAACACGUUUAGCUGCCGAAUUCCUAAUUUAUAACCUUCUUCCUAUGAGUCUUGUCGAAUGUCCGAAAUUACAAACAAUUCUUACUCAAAUUGAACCAUCAUAUGGGUUACCAUGUAGAAAAUAUAUAAUGAAAACUGUAUUGGAAAAAAUGUAUAAUGAUACACGCGCACAAGUUGCCAAUGAAUUGAAAAAUACUAAUGAACCUCUACUACCUACUGUACCUAACUAG